GGUCGUUCGGUUGGUGCGCGCGGAACAGUGACGAUUCGACUGGUCAAGCGGUUGGGGUUUAUGAGCAUUGCUGAUACGUCGGUGAUAAGAGAACGCGUGCGUUUUGUUUCAAUAACAACAUUCUGCAUUUAUAAGCGUUCUCGAAUGCUGUUUUACGAUCUCACAUUUGGAAUUUGGACAGAGAUUUGUUCGUCUUAUAAAGAAAGAGUUGUUUCAAAGCGUAUUUAAUGUCGUGACGCUGUUAUCGAACGAUUUCGAAGUGCACAUGUGUCAUGGAUGUCAAGAAGUAGGCGUCGUCUGUGCUAAAUGCCAAAAUCAAAUAUAACAUGACAUCCCGCGAAACGACGGAAUGUAACAUCAUAGUGUAUAAGUUAGCGAAAAAACGUGUUGCAGAAAAAGGAGUAGAGAAUCAAUGUUACAUACGCUAUUCAGGGUGCGCUGAAUAAUUGAUUUCCUGAAACAAAGUACAAAUAUCUUAUAGACGCUAUCUGAAGCUGUCGCUAAAUGAAUCUAGAGUUAGAGAUGUUACCUUCGAACACGCUCGAGGUAGAAGUCGGGAGUUCAUCGUCUCCAAGAGGAUAUGAUACGACAAGUAAAAGUUUCCUCCUGGAGACGAUGCCCGGUGACUUGCAUACCGAAACAGCAGCUUGCCGUUUCUUAGAGGGAGAGGUCGUUGCUCGAUGUCAGGAAGAAAGCAAUGAGACGACUAAAACUAUACCAGAAUCAGAAUAUUCGAAAAAGAAGAUUGAAUCAGCUGGUAGUAGCAGAUCCAUCAGUGAUCACCCGUGUCAAAGUUUUUCGAAGGUUUCCACAUCUCUGCAAAGCCUCGUACGUCGAAAAAGUCGUAAACACGGCGCAUCCUCAUUACCUUUAGACGUAGAACUCUCGACGUAUUCUCUGCAUCCUAGUUGUCUUAUUGAACCACCGAAAGAAAGCAAUGUUAAUGGAUAUAGAAACGACGAAGAAGCCGUUUGUACCACACGUACAUCCACGCUUAUUUACGCUUCUUCCAUGCAAUUAUCAUCUAGGGGUGACAACAAUGUGCAGGAUACUACCUCGCUGACGAACAACGUCGCGACUGUCACUACGACCGCUGGCACUAAUAACCUUACUUCUUCGGUCAGUGGAAGUCGUCUCAGUAAUACCGCUACGUCUUUGAUAAGGACUACCAGCGUGAUCACGGCAGGACCGUCCACGUCUUCCUGGAACAAUUCCGCGGAGGAGGAGUUGGAUUACGUUGUUGAUCCGGUUCAAGGAAACGCUUAUUACAAGGGACAACUUCUUGGGAAGGGUGGAUUCGCGAAAGUUUUUCUGAUGACUGAUGUCAAUAAUGGAAAUGAAUACGCAUGCAAGAUUAUCAGGAAAAAUCGAAUGCAAAAAAUCCAUAUGCAAAAGAGUUUGAUGCACGUGCUGAAGUACCGUGGCAAAGUCACGGAGCCGGAAGCACGGUAUUACAUGAAACAAAUGGUAACCGGUGUUGCGUAUAUUCACUCUCAGAAAGUUGUCCAUCGGGAUUUGAAGCCAGGUAACAUGUUCCUAUCGGACCGUAUGAUUGUCAAGAUCGGAGACUUUGGACUGGCGACAAGGCUUGACGGACAGUGCAGACGAGUGACGAUAUGCGGAACACCGAAUUACAUCGCGCCGGAAGUGUUGUAUAAGCAAGCAUACAGUUACGAGGCGGAUGUUUGGGCGCUCGGGUGCAUACUGUACGCCCUGCUGGUAGGGCAACCACCUUUCGACACAGCAUCGCUGAAAGAAACGUACGCGAGGAUAUGUAACAAUCAUUAUCGGGAGGUUGACGAUUCGAUAGCGAGCCGAAACGGGCAAGAUCUUAUCAAAUGGCUCCUCCAACCGAAUCCCGAGCUCAGGCCUUCUUUGGAGAGGGUAAAGGAACACGCUUAUCUCACCAAGGAAUACGUGCCAGCUUCGUUGCCUCGUAUUUCUUGCUUCCAAAUGCCACGUCCCUCCGUAAUCGAUCCGGUGUCGUCGCCUUCGUCCAAUUCUAUUGCAUCUAGAAAUCAGAAGCUUAAUAAUACUCAGGUUCAUACUAUUCAACAGUCUCAACAACAGCAGGAGCAGCAACAGCAACAUCAUCAAACAAAUCUUUCUCAGAAAAGUUUACGAAAGGGAUCGAAAGUGAUCAGUUGGUUAGCUAGAAAGCUUCGGAAAGUUCCGAAAUUCAGACAAAGAUUAAGCAGUGUUCUUUGUCCAGAUCAGAAAAAAAUUAUUGGAUCCACAGCUCAGAGUAUACAAAUACAUCAUGCACUAGAAAAUUGCAUCAAAGAAAUAAAGUGUAAAAACAAGAUACGUAAUCAUCCACCUGUAAGGGAUAUCGUACCUCUGUUUAUCACUAAAUGGAUUGAUUAUUCGAAUAAAUACGGCCUAGGUUUUCAAUUAUCUGACAAAUCUGUAGGCAUCCUCUUCAACGAUCAUACGAAAAUCAGUUACACACAUGACAGAAGAAGAGUGGAGUACGUGACAACCGAUGAUGAAGUAACAAGAUAUCAAAAAGAAGAAGAUGUUCCAGCUGCUCUGCAGAAAAAACUUGUAUUAUUGCAACGUUUCACACAGUAUAUGGACAAAUUUAUGACUGAAGGUGGUGAAAUUAAGAAACACCGAGUUACACCAAAGCAGUCGAAGAAUGUUUGUGUGCCACGAAUGAGAAGGUGGUUAAGAACUGAUAAGACCAUUAUGAUGGAACUAUCGGUACCACUUUUACAAGUGAAUUUCUUCGAGGAUCACACGAAAUUGGUAGUCUCACAAGAAUCUCCUAACAAGGGAUAUCUGAUUACAUAUAUAGAUACCAGUAGACGUACAUCUUCGUAUUGGUUAAAUGAUAUACGAGAUUUUGGUUGUACAACAGAUCUCUACGAGCGUUUAUAUUAUGUUUACAAAGUAUCCAGAGAAUUUGCAGAAAUGCAUAAUAACACAAUCGCUUGACCAACAAAGAUAAGACGUAAGACGCAUUAUUCGUUGAACGAUUGAAAUUUGUUUUAUAGAAUCUAUGUUUGUUCAGUUAGCUGCACUCGUUCUAUUUGCAAUUCGUUUCUUUUCUUAAAAAUUAUU